AUGAGUACUCGUCGAGCUGCAAGUGACAAUACGAUGGCCGCUAUCAGGAAACUUCGGACCAACUGCAGAGAUGCGAUAAAGAUAACCUUUGACAACGGCAACGUUCAGGGUGUGGAGAGUGCGUGUUGGAUGUCUCACAAACUGGGACUAGUCUUCGAUGUCGAGUUGGGCAGGCAGAGGAAAAAUACAAUCAACUUGGAAAAGUCUGCGGAAUACUUCAGCUUUUAUGGUAUUUCAUUGGACAUUCAAAAAUAA